AUGCUGACUCUGCUGAGUACAUUGAGUCUGCCGCUGCUCCUGAUCCUUGUGGAUUUGGUGAGGAGCUACGGCGGAGUGCAGCAGCCACCGAUGUUGCGGAGGAACAUCAUCAAGGUGCGGGCCAGUGGCUUCAUGCCCUUCGAAUCGGAUCUCCUGCUGCCCCUGGGCAUACUCCGGCAACUCCAGUCACAGGAUCGCUCUUCGCGCUACCAAAGGCCGGCGGCACCGAUCCUUAAGCCCCGGGUGAAGCCUCAGAUUCGCCUGGAACGAGCCCAUCCCUUGAGAGAGGCCAAAGGCGUCCAGUUGUACAAUCUCAUCGAUGAUGAUGGUGAACUAUUGCUGAAUCUGAAGGUUCACCAGGAUCAGAAGGGGAGUGGAAAUUACCAGGAUGCAGUUACCAAGGAGAAGAGCAAGUUUCAGAGCCAGUUCAAGGACUAUGACACUCCCUGGCUGCCCUCCAAGUGGCGGCCCACCAGCGAGUUUCCACUGGGGGUCACCUCCUCCUCGCCACGACCACUGCCGCUCCAUCAGUAUCUUGGUCAGAGCAAUCGGAUUGUCGAGAGGAAUGUGGUCAAGAGGAGACGAGUGGACACAAUGUGGCCACACAAGUGA